CCCAUUCCCCUGCUCCUUCCAUUGGAGCCCUCGGUGUUGCUUUCACUCCAUCAAUCCCUAUUUUUAUAUGUGGCUCAAACCCUCUCACGCCAUCAUCACUAAAGAGUAAAGAGGUGAAGCCUCCCUUUCCCUAAACAAAUGGUCACUCGGAUCCCUCAUCAUCUCCACUACUCCACCCACCUGGUCCGGUCUCGUAAGCUCUUCCCUGCACCCUCCACCUUGACAUGUUGAAUGAUCAAAGACCUCACACCGGAGAAGAAGACCCCCCCGCUGCCGAUGAGACCGAAUUCCGCGACAUCCACGCACUAACUCCGUCGUCCCAGCCGUCGUCGAGCCGCGGCCGGAGGAGGGAGUCGUGGGAGGCCAGCAGCCACCGCUCGUCGCCGCUCUCCGCGGGGAGCGACACCCUCAGCGAGCACUUCUCGACUUUGAGCAGGGAGUUCAACGCCAUGGUCGUCGCCGGAUCCACCAUGCAGAACGACAGCAGCACGAGCAACGGCAACCAUGAGACGCCGAACCUCGCGAGGAUCGGAGAGGAUGAGCUCGAGGAGACGAACCCGCUCGCAAUCGUCCCCGAUAACAACCCCAUCCCCUCCCCCCGCCGUGAACCGCCGCCGGCCGACUCCCUCGCCCCCUCCGAGGAGGUCUCGGUGCACCGGGUGAAGAAGGAGGAGGUCGAGUCGAAGAUAUCGGCGUGGCAGACUGCCGAGAUCGCCAAGAUAAACAACCGGUUCAAGCGAGAGGACGUCGUAAUCAAUGGAUGGGAAAGCAAUCAGGUCGAGAAGGCCACGACAUGGUUGAAGAAAGUAGAGAGAAAGCUGGAUGAGGAGAGAGCCAAGGCAAUCGAGAAGAUGCAGAACGACGUGGCAAGAGCGCACCGCAAGGCCGAGGAGAAGAGGGCGUCGGCGGAGUCCAAGAGGGGGACGAAGGUGGCGAAGGUUUUGGAAUUGGCUACUUUGUUGAGGGCUGUGGGUAGGGCUCCUUCCAAGCGCUCCUUCUUCUAGCUAUGCUUCGGCUCCCUCCCUCUGUUUCACGUUUUGUUAUUUCAACAAAUACUUUUGUGUUUGAUCUGCUGUAAGUUAAGCAGUCCUUGGAACCUUUCAGUUAUAGUGAGUUCUGCUGUGAUUUGAAUGGAGACAGAAAUCAUCUUAAGGCUGAAGGCCAACUUUGCUGUAGAUUAAGAAUGCAUGUUUGAUAAUAAAUGUGGUGAUGAGUUUGGAGCAAGUA